UUUUUAGGAACAAUAUCUAUUUUUCUAUUCUAAACAACGGCUUCUUCACAUAAAAAAUUUGAAAGAAAAAAUGAAUAUGGUCCAAAACAGACAUGGAUUCCUAGGAAUUUGUAAAUUUGACGCAUGAAUUACAGGGGAAACGGAAUACUAUUUAUACACUGGAAAUGUUUGGGAAAACAAAAUACCAAGAAACGAAGUAAAGCAAAGCUAAGAUCGAACUUCGAAGCGAAAGAAACUAGGAGGCAUGGCGGAUAGUGAAGUGAGCUCCGUCGUGUUUGAUCUUAUCAACUUCUUAAACGUUUCUCCUACUGCUUUUCACGCCGUUGAUGAGGCAAAGAAACGGCUGCAAAAGGUUGGUUAUGAGCAACUAUUGGAGAGAGAAGAUUGGAAAUUGGAAGCAGGGAAGAGAUACUUUUUCACCAGGAACCAUUCAACCAUUGUUGCUUUUGCUAUUGGUAAAAGAUAUGUUGCUGGAAAUGGAUUCCAUAUAGUUGGUGCGCAUACUGACAGCCCUUGUCUAAAGUUGAAGCCUGUUUCCAAGGUAAUAAAAGGCGGUUAUCUGGAGGUUGGUGUGCAAACAUAUGGAGGUGGUUUGUGGCAUACAUGGUUUGAUCGUGACUUGGGAGUUGCAGGAAGGGUGAUGAUAAAAGAGGAGAAGGGUGGUUCUGUUUCCUAUUUACAUCGACUAGUUAGAAUCGAGGAGCCUAUAAUGCGUGUCCCUACCCUGGCUAUUCACUUAGACAGGGGUGUUAAUGAUGGAUUCACCGUGAACACACAGAGUCAUCUUUUACCUAUCCUGGCAACAUCAAUUAAGGCAGAGCUCAAUAGAGAGGUUGCUGAAAAUGGUCCAGCUGAAAAGAUAACUAACAACUCAAGCCAUCACUCACUUCUGCUGCAGAUGAUUGCAAAUAAGCUUGGCUGUCAACCAGAUCAAAUAUGUGAUUUUGAAUUGCAAGCUUGUGAUACUCAACCAAGUAUUGUAGCAGGCGCUACAAAGGAAUUUAUCUUUUCAGGAAGGCUUGACAAUCUUUGCAUGUCAUUUUGCUCUCUGAAGGCAUUGAUCGAUGCUACAUCUUCCGAAAGUGACCUUGAAGAUGAGAGUGGUGUUAGAAUGGUGGCAUUGUUUGAUCAUGAGGAGGUUGGAUCUAAUUCAGCACAAGGAGCUGGUUCUCCUGUAAUGUUAGAUGCUCUAUCACGAAUAACGAAUUCCUUCACCUCAGAUUCUAAGAUGCUAACAAAAGCAAUUCAGCGAAGUUUCCUUGUUUCUGCUGACAUGGCACAUGCCCUGCACCCGAAUUAUAUGGAUAGACAUGAAGAAAACCAUAAGCCUAAGUUGCAUGGGGGACUCGUUAUCAAACACAAUGCAAACCAACGUUAUGCAACCAAUGCAGUCACUUCUUUCAUAUUCAAGGAAAUAGCAAUAAAGCAUAGCCUUCCUGUUCAGGAUUUUGUGGUGCGGAAUGAUAUGCCUUGUGGCUCGACCAUUGGUCCUAUCCUGGCAAGUGGUGUGGGGAUCCGAACGGUAGAUGUUGGUGCUCCCCAAUUAUCAAUGCACAGUAUACGCGAAAUGUGUGCUGUUGAUGAUGUGAAGCAUUCAUAUGAGCAUUUCAAGGCCUUCUUCCAAGAAUUCUCAAAUCUUGAUACCAGCAUUACAGUUGACAUGUAGAUCCACUCUCAUCUUUGGUGGGGAACAUGCAAUAUUAGUAUUCAGGUUCUUGCUCAAAAUGCCAUGCAACCAUGACUACGAUGUGGGAUUGUAAUAUUUUUCCGGAUCUACAAUUGUAUGGUGGCUUGUUAAAGGGUUCUGUCAGUGGUUUAUGAUCCCAUACCUAACAAUAAGGUUGCAGAUGGGUUAGAUGUGUAAUGUUUUUCUGUUGCAAUAACAAUAUCCUGCCAGUCAUUGGAAAACUUUGGAUGGCAUUGUUGAAAAGCAUAUAGCAUCAGGCUUCAACUGUACCAUGCUUUAGAGAAUUCCUUUUUUCCACCUUAAUGUUUGGUAU